GACCUGGAAGCGGAAUGCGGGAGGCGGGGCCAGGCGGAGGAAGUCCGCGCAGUCGCCGUCGGGCUGCUGAGCUUCGCACUAUUUCAGAUGGCAGCUAUGAGCCUUUUUCUUCCCUCUUUAACUGAUGUUCGUGGGGUCUAGUAUAUAUCAAAUAAAAAUUUGCAAGUGGUUCACUGGUAUAUGAAAGAUGGACUCGCUGGAUCAUAUGCUCACUGAUCCAUUGGAACUGGGGCCAACUGGGGAAGGAAAUGGCACCCAAAUUAUGGAGGAUUGCAUGCUGGGAUCCAUACGCAUUAGCCUACCUGAAGAUCUUUUGGAAGAUCCUGAGAUCUUUUUUGAAGUUGUCAGUCUUUCAACCUGGAAGGAUGUGUUGGUGGAUUCACAGCGAGAACAUUUAAAAAAGUUUUUGCCCCGCUUCCCGGAAAACAAUCCCGAUUUCCAGAAUAAUCUUAUCCUGUCCCUAUUUAAUGGAGAGAACUUCCGAUUUGGAAACCCACUUCAUAUUGCUCAAAAACUCUUCCGGGAUGGACAUUUCAAUCCUGAAGUAGUGAAGUACAGACAGCUUUGCUUCAAGUCCCAGUAUAAGCGCUACCUCAGUUCCCAGCAGCAGUAUUUUUAUCGAUUGCUGAAACAGAUUCUUGCCUCCCGGAAUCAUCUGUUAGAACUCGCUAAGAAGGGGGGAUCGGAUCUGGCUGUCAAGAGAAAAUACUCAGCAGCUGCUUAUGCUGCUGAAGAACGAGAUAGACGGACGCAUCGGCGAUACCUUAAAAUCCUCAGGGAAGUUAAAGAGGAAUGUGGAGACACCACCUUAUCCUCUGAUGAAGAAGAUUUGAGUUCUUGGAUUCCAACCUCUCCAGCCCACUGUUCAAGUCCUGCUCUUCCUCUCAGAGUGAUACCCACUUUAUCAACCCAAGACAUGAAAACAGCAGAUAAAUUGGAUUUCGGUGAGAAUAGCUUGAAGAUGAUGCUGAAGAAACACCAUGAAAAGCGCAAGCGCCAACCAAAUCACCCUGAUCUGAUGACAGGAGACCUGACCCUGACUGACAUCAUGACACGUGUGAAUGCUGGCAGGAAAGGAUCUUUGGCAGCCUUGUUUGACCUUGCAGUCCUCAAAAAGAAAGUGAAGGAAAAAGAGGAGAAAAAGAAAAAGAAGCUAAAAGUGAUUAAAUCCGAGGCUGAAGAUUUCUCUGAAGCUCUUGGCAACUCUGAAGGGAUCCCUCCUGUUUCUCAAAACCCCUCCCCCAUUCCUCCCCUGUGGGAUCCCCCAUCCCUCCCAUCUGUUAAAGAAGAGCCUCUUGAAGACAUCAAGCCUUGUCUUGGAGUGAAUGAAAUUUCCUCCAGCUUCUUUGCUCUGCUUCUCGAGAUCCUGUUGCUAGAGGGCCCUGCUUGUCUCUCAGUGCUGGAAGAUAAAGUCAUGGACUGGCAAUCUUCCCCUGCCAGCACAUUAAACAGCUGGUUCUCCUUUGCCCCCAACUGGUCAGAACUGGUUUUACCUGCCUUGCAAUAUCUCACUGGAGUCAGCAGAGAUGCUUCUUCCAGUUUUUCUCCUUUUGUGGAAUUCAAGGAAAAAACUCAGCAUUGGAAACUUAUAGGCUCUUCCCAGGAUCAUGAGAAGGAGCUAGCAGCUCUCUUCCAACUUUGGUUGGAGACUAAAGACCAAGUUUUCUUCAAGGACAACGAAGAUAGCUCAGAUGCAACCACGCCAGUUCCACGAGUAAGGACAGACUACAUAGUCCGACCUAGCACUGGAGAAGAAAAACGCGUUUUCCAAGAACAGGAACGGUAUCGAUACAGCCAACCUCACAAAGCUUUUACCUUCUGUAUGCACGGCUUUGAGUCGGUGGUGGGCCCCGUGAAAGGAGUUUUUGAUAAGGAAACUUCUCUAAACAAACCCCGGGAACAUUCGCUAUUGCGAUCAGAUAGACCUGCAUACGUCACCAUAUUGUCUCUUGUUCGGGAUGCAGCUGCCCGUCUUCCAAAUGGAGAGGGAACUCGUGCUGAAAUUUGCGAGCUUCUGAAGGACUCACAGUUCCUUGCUCCUGAUGUCACAAGUGCUCAGGUUAACACUGUGGUGAGUGGUGCUUUAGAUCGGUUGCACUAUGAGAAAGACCCCUGUGUAAAAUACGAUAUUGGUCGCAAACUAUGGAUAUAUCUACACCGAGACAGGAGCGAAGAGGAGUUUGAGCGGAUUCAUCAGGCCCAGGCAGCUGCAGCAAAGGCCAAGAAGGCUCUUCAGCAGAAGCCAAAGCCGCCUACAAAGACAAAAUCCAGCACCAAGGAGAGUUCUUCGAAAGGGGUGACCACCGGCAUCUCUGAGCUCAGCCAGCUGAGCGUUAGCGAUUCCAGCAUGCCGCCAACCCCAGUUACUCCAGUGACGCCCGCUGCACUCCCUUUGCCAGCAAUGCCUAUUUCACCCCCUCCCGUCUCUGUGGUUAGCAAGAGUUUGUCUUGCGUUGCAACAGAGCCAGCAAAAUCCAGCCAGAGCAUCCUUUUGGUAUCUUCUCCCACCAUGCCCCAGCUUGGGACGUUGCUCUCAACCACACAGAGCGCUCAGGCUCAGCCUGGAUCUCAGCUAUCAACCCCACGGGCGGCUAGCCACACCACUUCCUCAGGCCUUCCUCAAGUCCGAGUAGUUGCAGCUCAGACUAGCCUUCCCCCUUUGUCUCAGCCGGCCCAGGUGGUAGCACAACAGCAGCCAUCACUAGCAUCCGUCCCUCAGAUCCGGGUUCCUUCCACUUCUGUGCAAAGCAAAGUAUUCUCUCAGGCUGUCAUGACUGUUCCAGUGAAAGCUCAGACCAGCCCAGUCCAAGUCCAGAGGACAACGGUUGCUGUAACUGGAGCAGCCAAUGUCACUGGAACAGGGAUUGCAACGCCUACACCUGUCCCCAAGCCAGCAAAUAGUUCUCCGAACACUGCAGUGGCCAACCCUUCCACCACUCCGUUGUCUUCCUCUGCCUCUUUAUCAUCUUCUUCCUCAUCCACCACUGUCCUCCAGAACGUUGCUGGCCAAAAUAUCAUUAAACAGGUGGCUAUUACCGGACAGCUAGGCAUGAAGAGCCAGACUGGGAGCAGCCUCCCACUUACCACAUCCAACUUCCGUAUUCAAGGCAAGGAUGUCCUGCGUCUUCCUCCAUCCUCCAUCACCACAGAUGCCAAGGGGCAAACAGUCCUCCGCAUCACUCCGGACAUGAUGGCCACCUUGGCCAAGUCUCAAGUCACUACUGUCAAACUCACUCAAGACCUCUUCAGCACAGCCGCCGCCGCUGGAAGCAACCCUGCAGGGAAGGGCAUCUGCGCCACUCUGCGUGUGACGUCAAGCCCCAUCCAAUCCUCGGACUCUCCUGCCAAGACCAGCACACCCAACACCUCUGCUUCACCUGGUCCUGCUGGACCAACAGUGGUCAAAGUGACGCCAGAGUUGAAAACGGUGGAGUCUGCUGGUUCUGCUUUCCGACUGAUGCCUGCUUUGGGCAUGUCCGUGGCGGACCACAAGGGCAAGGCCAUAACCACGAUAGCGUCCUCUGAAGCCAAGCCAGCGGCCACCAUAAGGAUUGUACAGGGCAUGGGAGUGAUGCCACCCAAACCUGGCCAGACAAUUACAGUAGCCACUCAUGCCAAGCAUAUGGCCUCUUCUUCUUCCGUCAGCAUCCCUGGGACCGGCCAUACCUCUACGGUUUCCCUGCCCACCAUGACGGCUUCUGUCUCCAAGGCUGUCGCCGUGGUGUCAGCGGCGGGAACACCCAUAUCCAUAGGACCAGGAACCUCCACUGUGCGACAGGUUCCUGUCAGCACCACAGUGGUUUCCACCUCCCAGCCA